CAACACGUUGGGAGGAACGCUGCUGCCGAAGCGGAAAGUGGGGGGGUCGCUACGGAUCCAAAAAUAGCCGCAGCAGAGGCCGCGGCGGAACAAGAAAUGCAAGGCGCAACGGAGACCGAUGCGGGACAACUGAAAGCCGCAGCCAAGGCCGCUACGGGACAAGCGGAUGGCGAAGUGGAGGCCGGGGUGCCUCCCGCGAUUGCCGCAGCUGAGGCCGCUGCGCCUGAAGCGAGCGCCGAAGCCAUGGC